GGAAGUCCCGCCCAUACAUGAUGUUUUCUGACAAACAUGGCAGCGCGAAACGACAGAAACAUGGAUAUAUCAGCGUCUCUCGUUGUCUUAUUAAAUGAAAAACACAGCCCGGAACACCUGCAGGUUCUGAAAACAAUCACGGCUGCGUUACGGGACGAACAAUUCAGGGAGACUGUGAAGGAGGAGACAUUCUCUGGUCUGCUCCAGGUUCUGACCAGACUUAGUGACGACCUUCCGGCUGCCGCAGGAGAUGCUGAAAACCCACAGACUGCCACACUGCUGUUACAGCUGGCUGCCGAGUGCUUCAGGGCCCAGAGAACCUCUUGUGUCCAGAACACACGCAACCAGAACCUUCUCAGGUCUCUUGGUUUUAUUGGAGAGUCAGUUAAACUUCUGACCUUUCUUCAAAAUAAAUGUUCAAAUCUCUGGGAUGGCAAAUAUGAAGCUCUUCGUUGUGGUAUCCAGUUCCUUGGUAACUUGGCUGUAGGAAACCAAAAGUGCAAAGAUGACAUUUGGAAGAAUAUCUGCCCCAAUCUUCUUCUGCAGCUGAUGAGGAGUGAUGAUGAGAAGAUGUUGGAUUACACAUCCAUGGUUCUUCACACAUGUCUGGAUGAUGCCAAGGUGGAGGAGCUGUCUGAGCCACAGAACAUCCCGCUGGCCCUCUGGGUGAUGGAGCUCUGCAGGACACAGCCGAACCUGGACUGGACGGUUCUUAUUGCAACUCAGCAUUUUGUCAGAUCUUCAGCUCUGGUGGGGAGCAUGUACUCGGUGAUGUCUCAUCCUGAAAGGGUUACAUUGCUGGAGCUGGUCUUUGCUCAUCUGAAAGAAGAGGAAUCUGAGGAUAUUGGUGUCCCACCUGAUCUGGCCUGUUUGCUGGCUAACUGCUUCCAGAAAGGUUGCGGUGCUGUGCUUACGCUUGCUACAGGCUCUACCUCCAGCGAUGAGGUCCUGCAGGAGGCGCUGACAGUGAUCAGUCUUUUGGAUGUUCUGUGUGAGAUGACCUCAGACCACAAGCAGUUCAUGUUCCUGCAGGACCACCCUGACCUGCUAGUGACCGCUGUUGAGCUCCUGAAACAGGUGCACGCCAUCGGGAAAGCCAGCAAGAACAUUUUCAGCGCCGCUCAGAAUUUCUCCACCUCCGGUGCCGAUGGAGACUCCUCGUCUCAUUCCCCUGUCGUCAGCUUCAAGGCUCACCUCAUACGGCUGAUUGGAAACCUCUGUUGUGGCAAUGCCAUCAACCAGGACAAGGUCAGGGAACUGGACGGUAUCGCCCUCAUCUUGGACAACUGCAACAUCGACAGCAACAACCCAUUUAUCAGCCAGUGGGCCAUCUUCGCCAUUAGGAACCUUCUGGAAAAGAACCCGCAGAACCAGGCGCUGGUGGCCGACCUGGAGCGUCGCGGCCCGGUCGACUACUCUGCUCUCAGGGAGCUUGGUUACCAGGUGGAGGAGAGAGAUGGAAACUUGCUGCUGAAAACCGUGAGGAAAGACCCGUGAACAACUGCAGAGGAACGGACGUCCUCAGCUGAGAGGCAGGUUCUCAGAUAAACGUACCGUUAGGAGACAUGUUAGGAGGUACUCUAAGUUUAUAGAAACAAAUAACGGUGGUUCAGACGAAAUCAGACCAGAGUUUCUACGUUCUGUGUUCAAAGACAAAAUGAAAAAUGUUUCUGUUCUUUUGGUCUGUUUUUGAAAAAUAGGAAUAGUAGUGUAUCGUUCUUCCUGUUUUUUCCGAAUUAUGACUACGACUGUUGACACGGAUGAAGGGCCGACGUUCAGCCACACUGACUGGCUUAUUAAAGCAAUAUUGCAUCACUGUUUUUCAGUCUAAUUAAGUCCUCGUUAUAAAAGCUUUAAACGCUUUGGUACCAAAGUCAUAGUCUUAGAGUAUGAUGACGGCUACACUUAGUAAAAUCAAUCAAACUAGUACUUAAUCAAAAUCAAACAUAAUCUCUGAUCUUAAUGUGUUCAUCUUUGUCUACUUUACUGCAGUCUAAGACAGUGGUUCUCAACCCCUGUGUUGCGGCACAUUAUCGUGCCUUGAGCAAUCAUCAGGUGUACGGAUAAUGAUCCAAUUUUACUCUACUGGUCUGAAAACAUUUAUGUUAUUAUUAUUUAUAUAAUUUGUCCUAUAUGAUAUUUUAUGGUGUAGUGGUGACCACACCUGCCUUACGCUUCUGCCUUAGGUCCUGGGUUUGAGUCCCAGUGGAAUCAUAUACUUAAGGCUCCUCAUGUACGUCGCUUUGGAUAAAAGUGUUUGCUAAAUGCA